CUUGUUUUAAGCUUUGGGACAUAGGAGGUCAACCCCGAUUUCGGAGCAUGUGGGAACGGUACUGUCGUGGAGUGAAUGCUAUAAUAUAUAUGGUUGACGCCGCUGAUCACGAGAAGUUGGAUGCCUCUCGAAAUGAGUUGCAUAGCUUGCUGGAUAAACCACAACUGGUUGGGAUACCUGUUUUGGUUCUGGGCAACAAAAAGGAUUUGCCAAAUGCCCUUGCUGAACACGAACUCAUAUCUUGUUUAAAUCUUGGAGCUAUUACGGAUCGUGAGGUCUGCUGUUAUUCCAUAUCCUGUAAGGAACAGGAAAACAUUGCCUUGAAUGCAGUUCAAACUUGCAACUUUAAACGCCCGCACAUCACUGCAAAUCUGACAGCACGCUGGGGAUACAAGCAAUUGAUAUCUGCUGCCUGAGUGGAACACGAAUCCAGGGUUCCAACGCAGUCUACUAGCUAUCGUCACCACACUACCUACGCACCCGCUCCUACUUACGCCUUUCUGGUGACGCUGAAUCUGCCGCAUCUGA